AUGAAGGUGCGUUCCAGUACGUUCAUUGUGUUGAGUCUGGCGGUGGCACUGGUGGCCGGUGCCAGCCUGGACAAGUCGUCGGCCAAGGAAGCACAGGAUCGUAAGUUGGACGUACAGUCCAAGAACCAUGGCAAGCGUGGUUUGCUCGAUUACGGUUACGGUUACUCCAAAGAACCAGAGCUACAGGGUGGCUUCAAGCCUUCCUUCGGAUAUGACAUCACUGUAAACGAGCAUCAUGUUCCACAGUUUAAGACCUACGCUGCCCCAGACUACCAUCACAACCAGUACGCUCCGUUCCAUAAGGAACCUUCCGUGUACAACUGGAAGGAGGAGAAGCACACCAUCAUCACGAAGAAAGUGCCCGUCCCAUACCCGGUGAACGUGGAGAAGCAGGUGGUCAUCGAAAAGAAGGUCCCGGUGCAUGUGCCGGUUAAGGUGCACGUGCCAUACCGCGUGGAGGUGGAGAAGAAGGUGCCGGUGUACGUCGAGAAGAAGGUCCAUGUCGAUCGCCCUGUGCCGUAUCCGGUAAAGGUGAAGGUCCCGGUCUACCACAAGGUGGAAGUUGAAGUGCCCAAACCAUACCCGGUGCACAUUCCCAAACCAUACCCAGUGUACAUCGAAAAGGAGGUCCACGUCCCAGUCGUCCAUCGAGUAGAAGUCGAGAAGCCCUACCCAGUGUAUGUGGAGAAACAAGUACUGGUGGAGCAGAGUCACGAACAUGAGCAUAGCCAUGAGCACAGCCACGAGCAGGAACACACCGUACAUCACAACAUUCGCCCAGUUGGCAUCAAGUCUACCGACUUCAUCUCCGAACCUAUCCACGUCCCGGAACACGAGCAUCAGUACGGCGAGGAGUCGCAGAAGAUCGAGCGCAAGGUGGAGAGCAACCAGAAGUCAGCAACGGAUGCUGCCAGCGAACAAGCGAAAGAGACGGAAAAGCCCACCGAUAAAGAAUCCUCCCACUCGGAAUCUGACGGUGGCCAUAGUGGUGGUGGAGGAGGUAGUUUUUCCUUAGGAGGCGGAAGUUUUGGACUUUCAUUUGGAGGUGGAUUGCAUGGAGCAGGUGCGGGAGCUGGCGGUGGCCAUGGAGGUUCUGCUGGUGGAGGUUAUGGAGGAGCGUCCGGUGGACCUAGCCACUCGACCGGUGGAUAUGGGGGAGGUUAUGGUGGCGGUGCACCAAGUCAUUCGGGUACUGGUGGAGGCGGUGGGCAUCAAAUAGCUGGAAGCAGCGCUUUUGCAAGUGCAAGUGCAAGUGCAAGUGCAGGAAGUGGAUCCUCAGUUCACGCCGGACAAGGUGAUCAUUCCAGUUACAGUCCAGCAUAUGGUGGAUCAUCGGGAUAUGGACACAAUGGUGGUAAUGUUGGUGGAGCACAUGGAGGAUCGUCUGGAUACGGACACAAUGGUGGUAAUAUUGGUGGAUCUGUACAUGCUCCGUCCGAUCAUCUUACUCCUCCGGUAGGCAACGGCGGUUACCAAGGAACUGGUGGAGCUUCUCACAGUUAUGCAAACAGUUACGCUAGUGCUGGAGCUAGUGCCGGUGGACACGCUAGUGCACCUCAGGGAUCCGCUGGAGGCUCUUAUCAUGGUGGAUCACCCCAACAAUCACAUGGGGUGUCAGGUCCAGCUCCUUCAGGCGUUCAUGGUGGACAUGGUGGCCAUGGUUUCACCAAACAAAUCACGAUCACCAAACACGUCGAUCACAGUCCUCCGCCGCGUCCGAUCGUCAUCGAAAAGCCGAUACCAGUACCGGUCGAUCGACCUUAUCCGGUGUACAUCGAGAAGGAGGUACCUGUCACGGUGGUGAAAGAGGUCCCAGUUCCCACAGGAGGAAGUAGUGGAGGUGGCUACGGAAGUGGUGCGGGACAUGCUGCAGCCAGUGCGAGUGCAAGUGCUAGCGCGCAUGCUGGUGCCAGUGCCGGUGGGUUCGGUGGUAGCUAUGGCGGUUCUAACGGAGGUGGCUACGGAGGUAGUGGUGGCAAUACUGGCGGAGGUUACGGUGGCGGACAUGGUGGAAAUGUUGGUGGAGGUGGAUAUGGAGGAGCUAGCCAUGGUGGAGGUCAUGGUGGCGCAUCGUUCACCAAGACGAUUACGUUCGAGAAAACCUUCAACAAGCAUAAACACCAUCUUCAUCAUCACGGAUGGCGCCUAUCGGCCGUUUCAGUCGCGAUCAGCCACGAUAAUCACCAUCAAGUGCUAUUGUUCACGAUGCGCAUUGCGUUGAAUUCGCAUGCGACGUUUAGCGCAUUCGAACAAACGGAUAGUGUCGAGGACACGAUUCGCAAAUGCAAACGUUUCGACAUUUUCACACCUAAAGGAUUCGUAGUGUUUGCGAUGGCAAUUGCCCUGGUGGCGAGUGCCGCCGUCGAGAAGAAGGAUAAGCAGGAAAAGCGUGGCCUGUGGGAUCUUGGCUACGGUUAUGAGUCGCACGGUUGGGAUUCGCCCAAGCACGGCUGGGAGGAGCCGCAUGUAACCACCAUCACCAAGAAGGUUCACGUCCCGUACCCGGUCGAGGUGGAGAAGCACGUCCCAUACCCGGUGAAGGUGCCAUACCCGGUCACCGUCGAGAAGCACGUCCCGGUUGUGGUGGAGAAGAAGGUGCCGGUGUACGUCGAGAAGCAUGUUCCGGUGCACGUUGACCGUCCGGUUCCCUACCCAGUCAAGGUCCCGGUCAAGGUGGUGCACAAGGAGUACGUCGAGGUGCCGAAGCCCUACCCGGUGCACGUGGAGAAACACGUCCCAGUUAUCGUGAAGAAGCCAGUGUACGUUGAGAAGCACGUCCCGGUCGUCGUCAAGUCGCACGGAUGGGAACCUCAUUCCCACUCGUACUCCGAGUUCCACUCGUGGUAA